AUAAACUUUUGUCAAAGAUAUUUCGCGAGAACGCCACGUGUCGACGGUGUAAUGAUCGGAGGACCCAGCAAAAGUCUUCCUCAGACUGCUCAGCUCAACUCACUCAACUCAUCUCAAAGAUCAAGUCAUCCCCCGAAAAGUAUACAAAACAAAGCCCAAACCCCUAUAGACUUGACUUGACCAAUCGACACACCCUCUCCUCCUACCUAGGGUUUUCACUAUCCCUAAAUCUCUUCUCAAUUUUGAGAAGUAAUUUCGGCAACGUCGAUUCUGUCCCCCAAUUCAUCGCAAGUAGUCAUGGAGGUUCCGGGGAUGGAGGAGAAUGUGAAGUCUGAGGCUCAUUUGACUUCAGCAGCAGCUUUUGUGGAGGGUGGAAUCCAAGAGGCUUGCGAUGAUGCUUGCAGUAUAUGCCUUGAAGAUUUCUGCGACAGUGACCCCUCUACUGUUACUGGCUGCAAGCACGAGUUUCAUCUCCAAUGCAUUCUUGAAUGGUGCCAAAGAAGCUCGCAAUGCCCUAUGUGCUGGCAACCCAUCAGCCUGAAGGAUGCCACCAGCCAGGAGUUACUUGAGGCUGUUGAGCGGGAGAGGAGUUUAAGGUUUAACCCAUCGAGAAAUGCUACAAUAUUUCAUCAUCCUACUCUUGGAGAUUUUGAGUUGCAACAUUUAUCAGUGGGUGCUAGUGAUUCUGAGCUAGAAGAGAGAAUAAUUCAGCACUUAGCUGCUGCUGCUGCAAUGGGGCGAGCUCGGCACAUUGCUAGAAGGGAAGGCCAUAGAAAUAGGUCAUCAGCUCAGGGUCGUCCUCAGUUUCUUGUAUUUUCAACUCAUCCUAAUGAUAAUGCAGCAUCUACUGCUCCUGCUUCUUCCUCCCCAGGUCAGAGGGGGGAGGGUGAGCCAGUUCCUGGAAUCAACGUAGAUUUCCCCUCUGCAAAUCCAGGAGAGGAAUCAUCACAACCGAUUACUUCACAUCUUUAUACCCAAGCUGAACCUGUAUCUGCUUCAGCUUCAUCUUCAGCUUCAGCUUCUGGAUCAAGUGCCACUUCCCAACCAGGGUUCGCUUUAAAUAACAGUAUGUCACCAAGUCAGUCAUCUCCAAAUAGUCAGGAUAGAGCUGGACCAUCAGAUUUCCAAUCAUUUUCCGAAUCUCUGAAGUCUCGAUUCAAUGCAGUGUCAAUGAGAUAUAAAGAGUCAAUUUCAAAAAGCACAAAGGGUUGGAAAGAUAAAUUAUUCUCACGCAACACUUCCAUGGCAGACCUUGGUUCUGAAGUUAAGAGGGAGGUCAAUGCAGGUAUUGCAACUGUAUCUCGCAUGAUGGAGCGUCUGGAAACGAGAGAGAAUAGUAGAACUGGUGAUGCACCAGUAUCAAAUAAUGUAGAUAGUUCAGUUCCAGAAUCAAACCACCAGCGAGCCUCAGAUACUGGUGGUGACAAUUCCUUGAGUGACACUACUGUCAAGGCAUCAUGCGCUGGAGGUUCUAGCUCAAACUAAGCACUAUUUUUCAAUCAAAUCAGCUCAGAGCAUUUCUUGGUCAAGGGAUUUCAUAGCUGGUGGAAUUAGUGAUCACAUUGGAAAUUUGAUGUCUGUUUUAGGUGAGAUGUUGCGGAUAUAAUGCUAUGCCAUGCUCUUGGCGCCAGUGGAUAUACCUUUUCUUACAUUUUGAGAGAUUUUGAUCUUGAUAUGAAUAAAAGACGUAGUGGAAAUGGAAUAGAAAGCUCAUCACUCCAAACCAGAAAAGCAGUUUGUAAAUCAGUUUGUACUAAAGAAGUCAUUUAUGAAUAUAACUUUCGAGUCUUGCAGGCUAAUGCAUUCGUUUUAUAAGGAUGGUUUACAUUGUCUUUUAACUUUGAAUCUUGCUUGCAUAUAUUCCUGUAUAAGAAUUCCUUAUAUAUGUGACGUUAAAGAGAAAUAUAAUCGACAGUAUUAGCACUUUGGUCUUGCUACUCUAAUUCUUAAA